GGUUCAUCCCCCUCUCCCCCUCUCCCCCCGCCCCACCGGCGCAGUCGCGGAGAAAGUGGCGCGACGCCCGGCGGCGGCGGCGGGGAACUGCACAUCCUGCAGCGGACAGGAGCGUCAAGGAAUCACAUCAGAGGCCUCAAACAGAUUAUUGACGGAAUCGCCGCCCACAAAGAGGACACAGACAAUCUUAUCGACCGAUUCUCAAUGCCAACGACGGUGACGUCAUGACCGAGUUGGUCUUCAAACACAACUCACUGAAUCCCCAACGUCCAAUGAGCGUCACCGGGCGUAUCAAAGCUAAGCCCAGCAGCUGUACACAUAAAUAGCUACCGUGUGGCCUCUUAUGGCUGUCGGCAACUCAGUGACAACAACUGUCCUCAUCAACGUCACGGGCAACGUCAGCGGCAACGCAACCAGCAACGCUGUAAAUCUGGCCCAGGUGAUCAACUGGCUGACGCUGAGCAUCGGGCUGCCCGCCAUCGGACUGGCCAUCUACACCCUCAGGAACCUGUCCAAAGGUGAGAACAAAAUCCCCAUGCACGUCGUGUUCCUCCUGGUCUCUGACGUCCUCAGUUUCUUCGGCCGUCCCGCUGUGGACCAGGACAUGGCGGCUGGGCCGGCGUUCACCUCGAACCCCACUGACUUCCUCUUCUACUUUGGCGUCAUCACCAACGUCACCCUGAUGCUGGCCAUAGCUCAGGAGCGCCAUCUCCUGGUGUUCUACCCGCGGUGCCUCGGCUGCUGCGGCAGCGUCCGGCGCUCCCCCGCGGUGACCUUGGUGACGUGGGCCGCCCCGUUCGCCGUCCUGGCCCUCGCCGUGUUGCGCUACGACCUCUGGUUCGCCGUGUGUCUGCUCGCUCCCUUUCCUCUCCUCCUCUUCUUCGCCGUGGACUCGUGCAGGGCGCUGGUUUGCUCCCGAUCCGACGCCUCGAGCCCAGAGAGGAGGAGGGCGGUGUGGGGGAUCGGUGCGAUCUGGGCCAACUACACCCUCCUCUACGUCCCCUACAUCCUCAGCAUCCUCCUGGAGGCGCUGUCCUUCACGAAAACGGUCACCUACCUGGGGCUGGUGUCCCACCUGCUGCUCUACCUCAGCCCUCUGGUGGACCCCUUCCUCUACAUAUUCAUGACCAAAGGGCUCAAGGAGGUGGUGCAGGCGCUGCCCUGUUGCCACAAACACGGUGGGGGAGGAAACACGGCGCCCACGGUGGACACUGUGGCUGAGACCGUGGAGACAAGGCUCUGAGGUCAGCGUCGUUCUCCGGGACAACACAUGAAUGGUCUUUACAGUGUGAAGUGACAGGUGGAGCCGUUAAGACACAUGGUUUUCUUUAAGCUUCUGGUUUACCCCGCAUGUUAGCUGGAUUAUGGUCAGGUACCACUCGAAAACCCAUCUAUCAGGCUUCAAUUAAUGGCAACUACAGGCGUGUCUUGUGUGUGUUGUCUUGUGUUUAAGACGGCGUGGAGGGGACGAAGGCUCCUGAAGACGUUUGUGUGGAUGCCACAAUAUCUUGAUGUUACGUCUGCUUAUUUCUUCACUAAAAGAAGAGCAAAGAACUGAAGAAGGCUUUUCUCUGUGGAGAAGACAUACCAACCUGCAAAACUUUGAUUGACAGAUGGUUAAUCCAAUCAUCUGCCAUGCAGCUCCCAAUGACUGGCUCUGUGUUGCAAACCGUCCGGCGAGUCAGAUUAGCUUUUAGCACCGUCUGGGGUUGAAUACCACUGGAUAACCCCUGCAAACCGAAGGCUAAUCCUCCAGUGCAGCGCCAGCAAGCCCAACGCUAAAGCUGGGUUUAGCCCACUUUGGCUCUGCCAGUGUGAGAGCUUUCCUAACCCCGGGCUAAUCGCUCACUUAGCUUGGGUCUAAGUGCAGCGAGGCCUUUUAACGUCCAGGAACUGAACAUUUUUGAGCAGGUAGGAGCGCUGCUCCGCUCGCUCGCUAAACACAUGAAUAUUACAUGGUUAAACAAAAGGAAAUGAGUUAACGUGUCAACCACCUCCUGGUUCCCUGGUCUCAAGGUCAAUGUUUUUUUUUUUGUGUUAGUUAAAUGCCUUAAAUACACAAGCUAAACCGAUGCUAAUGUUUUGAUGCAUAACAUGUAGUAAAUACCCUCUCAGGUACUUUGAGUGUCUCAAGCAAACAGAGGUGGAACAAAUGACCACGUGUGCUGCUGGUUGCCAUAGAACAUGUUAUCUGCAGCAACUGGUGAUCAACAAGUUCAUUAACGAACUACGAUCCAAUGAGGGGUUUUUUAGGCUCUACUCUUACCCAUUGUUACAAUUUGGGGGUUUUGUAGUGAAAAACUGCACCCACACAUUUUUAUUUAUUUAUUAUUUAUAUUUCUCUGCUUGCUAGAUGCACUAUACUUGAACACGCACACACUAUGUUACCCUUCUAAACGUGAACGAAUCGAACGAACAAGGUCAUAGAUUGCUGGGAUGGUGCGGCCAUGCAAAAGAAUUGAGCUGGAGCGUCUGACACUGAUGAGAUGCCGGCCUCUUGGCUGUAGAGAUGCAACAAGUUGGUUCGCAGGCCACAUGUAGGUGUAAGAGCUGCUCUGUUGUGUCUACUGAGCACGUCGCUGUUGUCGUCCUUUUUUUCCCUUGCGAGGAAAUAAACAGAGAAGGACGUAUUUGACUCAGAGCCUUUAUUCUUAUGUCUUGUGCAAAAUCUUCCAUAACAAUUUCCAUUCAUAGCGACAUCUGUUUUUAUGUAUACUAAGGAUGUUCUAUUUUCCAUUGCUUGGGUGUGUGUCGUGGGCGGGGGGGUUGCUAGAGGAAGCUCCAUUACAGUAUAUAUAAAUAAAGUGUAACGCUGUAACUUGUAACUCAUAUGCGUUCCAUUGUAACCAUCAACACUUUCUGCUGCAUUGAAAGGUGCUGUUGGAAUAAAGUUGGUUGUUUAGCAGCAGUGU